CCGUGGCGGUGGCGGUGGCGGGCAGUGCUAUGUAUAAACAUGAAGUCAGAGCUGGGGCUGGUGGUGGUUGUACAUGCCACAGUUCAUAGGCUCUUGCUGAAAUCCUUUCCCAUAGGCGCUUUUUUUAAUCCUGAGCUUUCACAGCUCCAGUGUAAUGGGGCUCUUUUUUAAGCAGUUAUUAGUGUUGGACAUGGAAGAACAUUAAUACUUGAUCCAACUUCUUACCUAAUUAAGCCAUCAUUUCUCCUAAGGGUGUGUUACUAAUGUGCCAGACUAAGAUCUUUCUCAUUUGCAAAGCUCUUCUUGCUAAGUAACAGCAAUUAAGUUAGUUUUGUGUAUGAACUUCAUCUUGCCCACCUUGAGGGUAAAGCGAACUCUUUGGGAGCCGGCUGGAUUAUGUUUUUUCUUCUGUCCCUUACACUAAGAUGCAAAUUCAGAAUUCAACACUGUGAUUCGUGGCUUCUUUUGACAUUAGUGCAAACUCUGACUGGGGAAACAGUAAGCUGUGUGCCUUUAAGCAGAAGUUAAAACAGCUAUUGAUCCUUUCCCAUGCCAUGGUCAUUAAGCACAUUCUUUCCUCAAGUAACAUUAGUUGUUAGCUUGCUUGUUUUUCUUGGCCUCCUGAGGCAUGAGUCUUUUUAUUAUUGUUUGUUUUUUUUUUUCUUUUUUCUCUGCGAAUCUGUAUAAUGGCUGCAUUCAUGGAAUUAAUUUGACCUUAUUGGUGAUUUGCAUUUUAGCAGGAGCAUGUGGUGUUAUUGAUCAAUAUUCUAGCAGUUGAAAUUAAUACUGAGUGGAAAGUGUUUUCUGAAGUGUUGCUUCAGUGUCUCUGCAGCUUAACCAAUGCUUUGUCUUUUGCUUGAUCCCCCUCUCCAAUUUGGUUCACAGUUGAGAAGUUGUAGGUUGCACUCUUUAAAACAAACAAACAAACAAAAAAAGCCAGUCUGCUUUUUAAUCACAAGUUCUUCAGGUUGUCAAGAUACUCUGCUGGACUCCUUGUUACAUGGCUUUGGGGAAUGAACACGGAGAGGCUUGUUUUGACACCAGCUAUUUCUGUGUAAUAUGGGGAUGGUGGGAAUGCUUAUUAGUACGUGCAAAAUAAAUGACAAUAUCUGAUUAAAGUCAUGUUUGUGUAAGUUGUUUGAACUGAAACAGUAAAAUAAAACAAGACCAUGAGAGUUCAUGCUUUCCCAUUCAGUCUGCUACAAGUUACUUUGGCCAUGGUUCCCUAGCUCAAGGAAUCCUCAAUCUGGAUGCCAGCCUUUGUGGACUUUAUUUAUCAAACUCCUAGUGCCUUGCUUGAUUUAGGUUUGUUGUGGUCUGUUAUAUUCAGAUAAAUUGAAAACAAAGAGAGUAACAUGGGAAAGCGGGACACUAGCACUUCUGUAGACGCCUGUGCUUUUUCAGAAACCUAGAGAAGCUGAGAGGUUGUUUUGGGAGCUACUUUUCUGUGAGCCGUUUUAUAGAAUCCUGUGAAGUAAAUAGAUGCUGUGAACAUCUGGGUUUUACGCAACUCUGAUGACUUGACUUUGUUUUUAAUUUUUAUUCCAGAAGAGUUGCCGUUACUGAAGAUUCUUAAUAUCCAAUAAUCGACCUACUGCCCAAUAACCAUGAAAGAGACCAAGUAGCUUCCCAAGCCUGAGACAAAAACUGAUUUCAAUGGAUACAAAGUAUAAAGACGAUUUAUUUAGAAAGUAUGUACAGUUCCAUGAAUGCAAACUGAGCGUCUCUGACAGCAAGCAGCCUCCGAUUAAUGAUGAAUAUUUGCGAGUGGCAGCAUCAGCCUUAUUUUGCCUUCCCAAAAUUGAUCCCUUUUAUAGAUUCCGGUUGAUAAAAUUUUAUGAGAUGGCUGAAAACUCACUGAGAUCUCUGAAAUCCUCAAGUUUACAUUCUCUGCAUAAUGCAUUCAGUGUGCUUGAGACUCUUGGAAUUAAUCUUUUUCUUUAUCCCUGGAAAAAGGAGUUCAAACAUAUUAAGACCUACACGGGAGCCUUUGUGUAUUAUGUAAAGUCUGCCCUCACUGAAGAUGAUGUAAGGCAGAUUUUGAACUACAUGGGCUAUGUCCAAGAAGUGGGAACAAUGUAUAAGCUCAAAGAGCAGAUUGAUGCUAUUCAAGUGAAAAUGGUUUCAUUUGAACUCUUUUUGGCCAAAGUGGAAUGUGAGCAGCUUCUUGAAAUUCAUUUGCAAGUGAAAGAUAAAGGCUAUUUGGAAAUUGAUGUCAUAAAUGAACGAAAAAAUAGCAAUGAGGAUACUAGAGGCUGCUCAGAAGCUAUGAAACGGCGGGCAGAAUGCAAAGAAAACUUAAAUACUUCCCUGGCACGCAUGGUACUUCAGAAAUCAGCAAGUGAACGGGCCUCUAAGGAUUAUUUCAAGCCAAAAGUGAGCAAGCCUUCUAAAUCAGUAGACACAUAUGAUAAUUAUUGGGAAAAUAAGAAACCACCACUGAUGAGCUCAUUGAGUCUCAGGAAAGAACCAGUUUUAGUUGAUGCAGAAGAUGACAUCAAAGAUGAAAUUAUUCGUCCAUCGCCCUCUCUUCUGACAAUGUCAAGCUCGCCACAUGCAUGUUCAGGAGAAUUCUUGCCAACUUCAUCUCACCAUAAUGGCAUGUUAAGAACAAAUGUCCCUUACAGCUCCUAUUUUUCUGCUCAAGAGGACUUAGAUUUAUAUACUGAUCCUGAUUCCAGAAGUAUGUUAAAUUUUAAAAGACAGGAAUCUAUUAAGCCUGAUGUGUGGCUGUUAAAAAAUGAUGCCAACCCUGUUUACCACAAGCGCACCCAUCUAGCCAAAGAGACAGCUCCCCUCAAGUGCCAAAACUGUGGUGUUCCUUGUGGGGCUUCGGUUUGCCAAAAGUGUGACAAUCUGUUCAACUCCAGGCAGGACUACCCAGUAGUGAAACAGAGCACCUAUUCCAUCAAACCACUUCCAAAUGACGGCUUGUCUCCUGCCUCUGCUUUAAGAGAGAAACCUCAGUACACAUCACAGACUCAAAGUCAAGAGAGAGCUUCUCAAUUCAGUUCAAAAUCCAAACCUGUGAGCACCUCACGCUGCGGCUUUUGUAACCGAUCUGGAGCUGCAAACACAUGCAUGUUUUGUUCAAAAGUCUCAUGUGACACUUGCCUCAAUGCUUAUUAUUAUGAUCCCUGCUGUAGGAAAAGCGAGCUUCACAGAUUCAUGCCUAACAAUCAGUUAAACUAUAAAUCAACUCAACUGUCCCAUGUUGUUUAUAGGUAGACUUGGUCUGUUUUGGAGGGGAAAGGAAAGGGCUAUUUAAUGUUCUGACUCCACUGAUGACAAGAAAAACACUGACCUCUUACAAAAUUGAUAUGCCCAAAUAUUUGGAACCAUGGUUCAGUAAUCAGGUGCCAGUUCUUGAUUUUUGUAGCUUAACAAAUGCUGCAGAUAUGAUUUCAUGCUGCUAUUAUUUAGGUAACUGCUAAAUCAUCAUUAAUUCUCAAUGUAAAUGAGGGAGAAGAGCACUUUUUAAAAUAUAAUAUCUUGGCAGCUGUUGCAUUAUAGAAGAGUUACAUCACAUGUUUCACACCAUUUUAGUCAUCUCUUUGCCUAAGUGAAGCCACGUGAGGCUCUGAGAAUUAAGAUUCACAUUUUCGGUGGGUGUAGAAACUACUGCCAUUUUUUUGUAAAGUAUGACUCUCAAAUGUGCAAGAAAUACGUGAAUAGCUUGUUUUGCCAACAAGGACUAUUAUUCAAAGCGUGUCUGCAUUUCUUGAUCUCCAAAAUGCAAACACCAUAGCAUCUCUUUUCAUCUUCAUUGCUUCCUUCUCUCCUUAUGUCCCAGUUGUUUAUUGCAAACUUAUAUAAUCCGAAUCUGAACAAUAUGUGCUUUAUGUUCUAGUGUUGCCAAGAUCAUCCUGCUGUUUUGUUUUGUUUUUUGUUGUUUUUGUUUUUGGUUUGGUUUUGUUUAGUUUUUUUUACUGAAUGGUAUUUUAAAAGGUGAACUUGUAUUCAUGUCACUUAAAUUUUGGCUAGUGUUGUCUUUCUUGAGGAGUACAGAUUUUCUUUACUUUCUGUUGCACAUAUAUUAAGUACUGUUCUUUGUACUGUAAACAGGUAAUUUGGAAACAGUUUAUUUUUAAUAAAUAUUUAAUAUGUUGAGUUCUUAAAGGUGGUAAAAUCAUUAUAACUACUAAGUCUCUCUGGGUUAUUUGUUCAGGUGACUUUUUGUUUCUGAUUGUACUGUAUUUCUUAGCUUGUUGUAGUUGCUGUGGCAGACUGACAUUAUUUGCUCUGAUCGUUUUUUUCUAAUCCAGCUUUUCUCUUUUAUUCUGCUAAGGCUACCACUAAACUAGGUGGAGUCUUGUCUAAAAACUGCAAGAUUUUGGUUCUCAGUGCACGCUUUUCCCUUGUGGUUAUGGGAACUGUAAGUAUAAAUCUUAUGCUUGCGUCCAAAUUCACUGCAGAGUCUGUAGUGUAGUUAGCGGGUAAAGUGCUGACCUGAUGAGAAAUCGGAGCUCAUUUGUGUAUCCUGUGUUUACUAUUAAAAUAAACCUAACAAUUACGGAUGUGAAUCCAGUAAUGAUAUUUGUGUUACUGUUGCACAUAGGAACUCUUGUGCUAGACUCUGUACAGUUUUGCCCCCAAAUAGCACCCAGUUAUUAGUAGGCUUUAGAGGUUUUCUGUUUCUUGUUGCAUAAAGGAGAAUCCACAAGAAUUCUCCUAACUUCCUAUAUUCAAACUAGCUUGUCGGAACAAAAUAUCAGGCAAACCAAUCUUAUGUGCAAAGUUGAACAUCUUUAAAAUAUCUGUUUAAUAAAAAAACAAACAAACAAACCUUUAGCUGAAUUGUAAACUACCUAGUCCACUUUGCACUAAAAUUAUUCACUUAGGGUUUUUAUAAACACUGUUAGAGUCUAGGCUUUGAAAUGUAAAUGUUUGUUGAUCCCUGUGUGACAGAGAUGUGCAUGAAUGAUUGUUUUCCUUAAUUUUUGGGGGAGUGGGUAGAGGGCUUGAGGGUAGUAGCAGGGGAAGGCAUAUAGGCUAAUAGUGUAAAGUAGCUGAAAUAAUUGUAGCCAUAAAUGGGUCUCAGAAGUAUUAUGGAAAUAAGGUGAAAUCUGAGUCUUGCAGAGGGCUGAGAACAGGAAAUUACUGUACAGUUUGCACUAAGAGACAAAGUGAAUGAUACGUGUUUAGUAAUCAGGGAAAUUUCUGAGUCAAGCAACUGCAACUGAAUAUUAUGUUAUAGGCAGGUAUUGCCUUUCUGACCGAGAAGGUUGGGAUAAACGUUGCUUAGGUGAAUGAUUUUAAGGUUUUUAAAAUCUCAUAUGGUUUUUUUUUUAAUAUAUAUGUAUAUAAAUAUAACAGAUGUAGAUACAUUGUGUACAUAAUGAGGAAUUUAAAAACAAUUUUACUAUUAAAACACAGUCUAAAGGUGGUUUUCAUUUCAGUGAUUACUUUAGUUUUGUUCAUCUUCUGAAGUGUCAUGCCUGUAUGGCUGUUUUACAGUGUAUCUUUUAGUUUGCUAGUUCAUUUUCCAUAUGGCUACUCAGACCAUAGUGAAUAACUAAAACUGUGAUGCCACAUAAUUCUUACGGUGAACAUGGCAGGGACAAUACUUGCUUUGAAAAAGAAAAGUCCUGUGUACAUAUGUCAUGGAAUACUGUAGUACAAAACUGUGUUGAAUUGAAGUGAUACCAUGCUCUAUUUUUGUGUAUCUUACUGUAUGAGGUUGCUGUGAUUAAUACAGUAAAAUAUAUGCUAAUGGAAAAUGCAGGUGUUUUGCAUCUGAUUUUUUUAAAAAGAACUAAUUUAUGUUCAAAGGAAUUGAAAAAUAAAAAGGCCUUUAAGAAAAGGCUUAACUCUUUUCUUAA